GGCAGGAUAAAUAACUGGAAGUUGCUAAGUAAGGUUUGCCGAUGAUUUGCUGUUUCUACUACUUUAAAGCUGCGUAUAAGAUACAUUCCCUGUCAUGACGAUUAAAAGGCAAAAUGGGGAUGAACUGGUGCAUCUUGGACCCAAACAUCAAGCCUGUCCUGAGGAGUUAAUUCGGCAACGCUGUGGUCACAAUGGCUGUACUGAGUACUUGAUCCGCUGGAACGUACUUUGCUUAGAUAACGGUAAAGGAAACAGUGUUGAAGCCCCUUCAGCUGAAGGCAAAAAACAGACCAUUUUGAUGUGGAUGUCGGCAGAGGAUAUAUAUGCCAACUGUCCAACAUUACUAGGCAAGAGGAAGCCCAAGGAACAAGUGGUGGAACAGAAUGUAUCUAAUUUAUUUCCUCCUGAAGACACUUUAGACGAAGCCUCUCUUGCAGAGAUGAAAGCUGAUGUCAGGAACCUGGUGCAGCGAGCUUCCUGGCAACUAGCAAGCACCCCUGUUCCACAGUCAUCCAUACUGAAUACCAUCCAUAUACUCAGUGCCUAUGCCAGCAUUGGCUCAUUGAUGACCAUGUUCAAGGAGACUGGGGCCCUUACUCUUCUGAUGAAGAUGCUGUGUAACGAGGAGAAGCAUAUCCGUUGUAGUGCUGGGAAGAUGCUGAGAGCUUUGGCUUGUCAUGAUGCAGGAAGCAGAGCCUAUGUUCUUCUGUCCCUGAGCCAGCAAGAUGGUAUUGAACAACAAAUGGACUUCGAUAGUCGCUAUACCCUUCUUGAGCUGUUUGCAGAAACAACAUCCUCUGAAGAGCAUUACAUAUCUUUUGAAGGGAUUCCUCUUCCUCAGAUUCCAGGGAAACUGCUGUUUUCUCUAGUAAAGCGUUAUCUAUGUGCUACCUCUCUCAUGGACAAACUCAACAUCACAGAGUGGGGAGAUGAACAGGAACAUUGCAUGCCCUCCAGUGCAGAUUCAAAGAGAAAAAAGAGAACGCAAUGUGAAUUUGACUUCAGCAUGGCUAUGGCCCACUUAAUUUCAGAGUUAAUCCAGGUUAUGGGAUGGAAUCAGAAUCAAGAGCUUUGCUCACUCAGACAAAAGAAACGAUGUCAGUCAAUCUUCCAACCUCAAAUUCCAGCCCGCGUCACCAUCCCAUCAGCUGCAGAGGUGCCCCAGAAAGAACACAGUGCUUUCAAGUUGCAUUCAGCCUUUCCUAGUCGCAAGGACUACGUGGAAUAUUUGCGAGAGAAGUUGGUGCGUGGCAUGCAUGUGCGUAUGCUGGAGAAUUAUGAGAAAGUCAGUGCAGGAGAUGAGGGCGUGUUUCUUCACAGCAAUAACGGCACACCACCUGUGCAGGUUUAUUGGGAGUCUCUGGGCCGUACAUACUGGGUUCAUUGGCACAUGAUUGAGAUUGUUGAUUCAUCGAGAAAUGCAGAGCAAAAAGCCCAGGAAAAGGUAUCAACUCUUAGAGAGCUUCUGAGACAAAACACAGUUAACCAGCCAAGAUAUUGCCAAUCGCUCAACGAAUUAUAUUCUUUACCAUGCCUUGCGGAUCAUUUGAAUAAGGACUGUGGGACUCUAAGUCAAGCUGAAUGGUGGGAGCUACUUUUCUUCAUUAACAAGCUUGAAUUCCAUAAACAUCACGAAGUUGUUCAUUUUAUCCAGCAGAAUCAGAAGCUAUCAAGACUAAAUGAAGAGGAUCUGAUCCAGAUGUGUGUUUCAGUAGAAUUGGCUCAGAAAAUACUGCAGCUCCUGAACAAGCAUUGUCAGGGCACCACACAAAUUGAACUGCAGAACUCCCAUGUCUACUUCAAAUAUUUCUUUAGCAAGGGAGGUACAGAGCAGAACUGCACAAAUGCAGAAAUGCUCUCUGAAAAUUAUGAUGAUGACUUUUCUGAACCCAUGAAGUCCAAAAAAACAAAAGAAGAUACACUGCCUGAUAGAGUGUCUUCUCCAACUCCAUUUGCAGUGAAGGAAAGUGACAGACGACUGAUUAACAAAUUUCUCAAAAUAGAAGGGCUCUCUUUCCCAGACACAUUGGAUGAGAAAGUCAAAGAUUCUGCAGCCUUCUUUAAUCUUCAUGACAUUAACAUCACAAAGCUACUGAGUAGUCUGCAGACAAACAGUGUUUGGAAGGAGAUGGCAGUGGUGCUCCAAUGCUGCCUCUCUGACAAAGGUACCAUUUUUGAGGAAACUAGUCAUGAGUUUCUGGUAAAUGUGCUGAUUCAGAAAGACUUGACACAGCAGGAAUCUGAAAAAGAGAUACAACUGGGAAUGUUAAGGCUUUUGAACAAGUGUUUGGAUAGUUCAUGGAAGGAUGUAGUACCCUGGCAUAAAUGCAUUGAACCUUGCUUGUCUUCCAUAAACAGCCACAUAAAUGAUCAAGAGAUUGUUCAAGAGUUCAUUAAAUUCUUGCACCGUCUGGCCUUUGACAACAAAGAUUGUGCUGUUGUAAUGUGCUCUUCUGGCAUCCAGCAAGCCUUGAGCAAAGUCUUGGAGAAACACAGCUCCAGCCUCUCUCUAGUGACAGAACUGAGGGACCUCAUGAAUAACUGUGAGAAGCCAGCUAGCCUCUAUCAGAAGAUGACAGCCAGCGUCCUGGCUGGCUGCAUCCAGAUGGUUCUAAAUCAGAUAGAAGAACACAGGAAUAGCCAUCAGCCUAUCAGAGUUCCAUUGUUUGAUGUAUUUCUGCAUUAUCUUUGUCAUGGCUGCAGCACUGAAGUAAAGGAAGACAAGUGUUGGGAGAAAGUAGAAGUCUCCUCCAAUUCUCAACAGGCCAACACGUUAGUGGAUGGAAAUGUCAAAACCUACUGGGAGUCAAAUGGCACCACUGGCUCCCACUACAUCAAUGUUUACAUGCAUCAUGGUGUCCUAAUCCAGCAGAUGUCACUAUUGGUGGCCAGCGAGGAUUCGAGUUACAUGCCAGCCCGGAUUAUAGUUAUGGCAGGAGAGAGCACUUCCAGCAUCAACACCAAGCUCAAUAUGGUAAAUGUCCCACCUUUAUCUACCAGAGUGAUCCUAUUGGAGAACAUGACCCACUUCUGGCCUAUCAUACAGAUCAAGAUUAAGCGUUGCCAGCAGAGUGGCAUUGACACACGUGUGCGUGGCAUCGAAGUAACGGGCCCCAAACCCACUUUCUGGCCCAUCUUCAGGGAGCAGCUGUGCCAGCGCACGCACCUCUUCUACGUUACCAAAGCACACACUUGGUGCCAAGAAAUUUCAGCAGAUCAGAUACAGUUGCUGCAACUUUUUAACAGGUUGAACAAUGCUUUGGGCCAUGAGGAACUAUUUGCCAUUCAUUUCCUUCCUGAUGACGAGGCUGCCCAGUUUCUAGGCAAGACCUGUUGGGAGGCUCUGAUCACCCCCUUGGUGCAGAGAAUCAGUUCUCCAGGCCCCAAUGGUACCAGCCCCAUGUCUUGGCUCCUAAGCCAAUACUUGGAAAACCUGGAGGCAGCCACAAGCCAGACGAUUACCUUUAAUUCCCGUGUUCGGCGUCUGAGCCAUCUGCUGGUACAUUGGGAUCCCAGUGGCCCUGAACCUGAAGAACUUAAGUCUCCUAUUCAAUGCAAUAGGAAGAAUGCCAAGAAUAAGGAGUUGAGAUCAGGAACUCUAAAAGUCACAAUGAAAAAAUCCACCAGUUUGAUAGGCAUCACACAGUGCUGGAAAGAUGUUGUGCAGCAACAGGUGAAACAGUUCUUGAAGUCCUCUUGGCAGGCCCCUGACUUUGUGGAGCGAUACUGUAGCAUCUACAAGCACCUCCGUACUGCCAUGGAGGAGUUGUUUGGGCAGAAGAUGUCCUUCUUGUUGGCCUUGAGCGAUGGCUUCUCUGAAGGCUUGCUGCAGCUGCCUUUCUUGUCAGCUGUCCAUGUGAGCGACAAGUUUGCCCAGUACAUUGACCUAUGGAUCCGAGACAGUUGGACAGACUCAACUAACAUAGAGAAGGUGCAGCAUCUGCAACAGAACCUUGAGCCCAUCAGUUUCCUGGCAGAAUUGGAAUUGGCCAACAGUUUUGAACAUUUCUAUCGAUACUAUCUAGGAGAACGUCUUCUGUCUCUGGGCAAUACGUGGCUGGAGUCCGCCGUGGUAGAACAAAUUGGACUCUGCUUCCCCAGCCAUUACCCUCAGCAGAUGUUGAAGAACUUGAGUGAGCUGGAGCAGCAGCAGCAGGAGUUUCACCUUUUUCAGCUCCAGCAGUUUGACAAACAUUUCCUGGAAGUUGAUCAGCAAGGAAGAAUGAAAGAAGAGGAAGAGGGAGAGAUGAUGCAGGAGAAGUCAUUCUUACAGGAAGAAGAGACAGAGGUGAAGGUAUUGCUAUUGUCUCCCUUCUGCUGGACCAUCCCUCCACUGUGCUACCUGAAAGACCCUAUCAGGUUUUUCCCCUCGUCCCUCAGUCAGCACCUGAGCAAGUUUGCAGACUUCUACAUCCAGAGUCAGAGCUGCUUUGGGCUGGCGCAUGCAAAGCCACCACGCUUAGAAUGGACUUGGUUGGGCCAUGCAGAGCUGGGUUACCAAGGCUGCAUCCUGCAGGUGUCCACCCUGCAAAUGUACAUUCUUCUGUGUUUCAACAGUGCUCAGGAAGUUUCUGUGGAGACCCUAUUAGAAGUCACGGGUCUCUCCCCUGUCUUCCUAGGUCAUGCACUGAAACCCUUGAUAAAAGAGAAUGGGAUCCUCACCCAGAGACAGAGUAUUUUAAGACUGAAUGAGGAGGUACUGGGUCAUGUGUCUGAUCAGCGCCUGUGCCUCUUACCCAAAACGGUGUACCUGAAUGCGGAAGAAAAAAUAUGCCAUGCUUUGGAGAAAAAAAAGAAUUUCAUCUGCUGCCUCCUCAACCAGAUCCUGAAGGAGGAGAAAGAGAUACAUAUUGACAGCCUGGUAUUCAAGGUAAUUGAAGCCUGCCACAAACAGAGAUGUGCCUCACCUUCAGACUUCCUGGGAAACGUCUGCAGCAGUGCUGAUGUCCUGUCUUGUAUAUUGUAUUUGUUAAAUCAGGGUUUUGUCCAGCGCCAGGAAAACUUUCCACAACUUUUACAGUAUGUAUGUGAAGAUAUUCCAACCCCAGCACUGCCAAAGAAUCAGCCUCAAGUAGUAUUUCAGACUGUGCAAAUCAAAAAAGUGCCCAGUACGCCUUGUAUGGAGAAGAAACAAACAUUUUCUACAUUUAGAUAAAAUUGGCUCCUGGUAUAUGUGUGUGUAACAAGCUAGGAAGGUAAACCUAAAAGCUGUUUGUAAAAGCACUAGUAUCUGGUUAGUAUGGCAGUAGGGAGUUUCUUGGGGUUUUUUUUUUCCUUUCUCCUGGUUUUUCUACAAGUAGAACAGAAUGCUCCAACAUUAAAAGCUGGGAAGAACUGAUCAUGUGAUGAACAGAGCAGUUUUCCGGUAAUAGUUUUUUUUUCUUCCUGAAAAGAAUUGUUCUUCUACUGCCUAACCACAGUUGGGGGACAUGGCCUGAGCUAUAAUUCAACACUUUUUUUUCUGUAUAUCUUGAGCAAAGUGGCUCAAUUCUAAAGCCAGACAGUUCAAACCAUUCUCCACCCCCACCAUGUGCAACUGCUAUUUCCAGACUAUCAUGUUGCCACAGGAUGUAAUGAAGCCCCAUUUUGUUAUAUGAUCCUCAUAUAAUAUCCUUAUAUUCAUCCUCCUGUUGAUGCAUGCCUUUUGCCUUAAGGCAAUGGACUUUUUCUUAUUUAUUUGCAGUUGUCUACCUUACAACAAGGAGUGUGUUGUUUUUGUAACUCAUGUUCAUUUACCUAGAAAAAACACUCUUCAGUCCUUAGUAAAGAAUAGGUUUUUAGCAUUUCUGUUAUCUCCUGGGUUUCUUAUUUAGACCCUUGCAUCCCUACCUAAUAAUAGUUGAUAAAGAUUGGAUGAAAGGAAGGUUUAGAUCAAAGUAAAAAAAAAAAAUCAGGUACCUGUUCCAUUUCCUUAACCUUGAAAUUAAGAAAAAAAUUUUAUUUUUUAUUUUUUUUUAUUUUAUUUGCGGCAUACAACUUCAGAUGAUUUACCUAGUUGCAUUUUGCACAUUAUGAGCAAGUAGUUGCUUAUUUCACUAUGAGAACUAAUUGGUUGGGAGCUCUUUAUCUUUUUCUCCCUACAGCAGUAGAUUGCUUGAGAUGUAAAAAUGAGAGAUGGAAGUUUCUGCUCAACAAUAUUUCUGAUGCUGACAUUUCCAUGGUUUAUGUUUUGAGCUACCUAGUUACCUAGUGCAGCUGCCUUCCACUUCAAUUCUUUUCUAUGUUAUCUAAAAUCUUGGAAGCGCAUCAAUUAACAAAUUCCAAAUAAAGACAAAUUUGGCAAUAUACAAAAUGUGGCUUUUUGAAUUACAGCCAGAGUUGUGCAUGAUUUAGCAUAAACUAGUGAUUCUUGCUCACAAGCCCAACAGCUCACUUCCAACUUCAAUAAAUUAAAAAC